GGGAAAUGGUUUAUUCUAUAAACGUGGCAACUCAACUCUUGAUGUGAAGAAAAAAAAAUUGGCCUCGUUUUCCGGCCCUUUGUUUAGGUUUUCAGUCUUGGGCUGGACAUUUUCCAUGACCUGGCAACCCUGUGUAUGGCUAACAGUGUUUAUUACAAACAGGGAUCGUAAUUAUCUCUCAGAGAUAAAUGUACUAGCUUGUCGGACCAACUCGGAUCACUCAUACCCGCUGAAGAUUGUUGCCUCCGUCUCUACAGAUUAUGACCAGCUCUGUUUUAUAAGAAGACAAGCCAUCACAAUCACCCACAUGGCACCAGCCUAGAGCUGUCUUUAAAGGAGAAGACAAGCCAUCACAAUCACCCACAUGGCACCAGCCUAGAGCUGUCUUUAAAGGAGAAGACAAGCAUCACAAUCACCCACAUGGCACCAGCCUAGAGCUGUCUUUAAAGGAGAAGACAAGCCAUCACAAUCACCCACAUGGCACCAGCCUAGAGCUGUCUUUAAAGGAGAAGACAAGCAUCACAAUCACCCACAUGGCACCAGCCUAGAGCUGUCUUUAAAGGAGAAGACAAGCCAUCACAAUCACCCACAUGGCACCAGCCUAGAGCUGUCUUUAUAAGAAGAAGACAAGCAUCACAAUCACCCACAUGGCACCAGCCUAGAGCUGUCUUUAAAGGAGAAGACAAGCCAUCACAAUCACCCACAUGGCACCAGACUAGAGCAAUAAGACCCUGGAAGUUUGAAACAUUUACUGAUAUGAAGGCCGUUAGUUUAACAGAACAAGUUUCUCUGCCCAGGUUAAAACUACAUCAACUCAAAAUGGAGGAAGGAGCUUCUCUGCAUAGCGUUAACCUGAAUCAACUCAAAAUGGAGGAAGGAGAUUCUCUGCAUAGCGUUAACCUGAAUCAACUCAAAAUGGAGGAAGGAGAUUCUCUGCAUAGCGUUAACCUGAAUCAACUCAAAAUGGAGGAAGGAGAUUCUCUGCAUAGCGUUAACCUGAAUCAACUCAAAAUGGAGGAAGGAGAUUCUCUGCAUAGCGUUAACCUGAAUAAACUCAAAAUGGAGGAAAGAGCUUCUCUGCAUAGCGUUAACCUGAAUCAACUCAAAAUGGAGGAAGGAGCUUCUCUGCAUAGCGUUAACCUGAAUCAACUCAAAAUGGAGGAAGGAGAUUCUCUGCAUAGCGUUAACCUGAAUCAACUCAAAAUGGAGGAAGGAGAUUCUCUGCAUAGCGUUAACCUGAAUCAACUCAAAAUGGAGGAAGGAGAUUCUCUGCAUAGCGUUAACCUGAAUCAACUCAAAAUGGAGGAAGGAGAUUCUCUGCAUAGCGUUAACCUGAAUCAACUCAAAAUGGAGGAAGGAGAUUCUCUGCAUAGCGUUAACCUGAAUCAACUCAAAAUGGAGGAAGGAGAUUCUCUGCAUAGCGUUAACCUGAAUCAACUCAAAAUGGAGGAAGGAGAUUCUCUGCAUAGCGUUAACCUGAAUCAACUCAAAAUGGAGGAAAGAGCUUCUCUGCAUAGCGUUAACCUGAAUCAACUCAAAAUGGAGGAAAGAGCUUCUCUGCAUAGCGUUAACCUGAAUCAACUCAAAAUGGAGGAAGGAGCUUCUCUGCAUAGCGUUAACCUGAAUCAACUCAAAAUGGAGGAAGGAGCUUCUCUGCAUAGCGUUAACCAGAAUCAACUCAAAAUGGAGGAAGGAGCUUCUCUGCAUAGCGUUAACCAGAAUCAACUCAAAAUGGAGGAAGGAGAUUCUCUGCAUAGCGUUAACUUGAAUCAACUCAAAAUGUCCGCUGCUGUUUCUUUACCCAUCUUGAGACUCUACAGACUGACAAAGGAUCAACUGUCUCUCUGUGAUCCUAGACUUGACCAGAACAACCCGAAGAACAACAAUCCAGGCAGAAAACCAACGAAGAAGAAAAACACCACCACCAGCAGAGGAAAGAAAAAAUCCACAAGAAAUGGACACAACUCUGCUGACAACAAAAACAUUUUUAGCCAGGUAUCACUAGUGUCUAGACAUCAGCACUGCCCGAAGGGAAGCAAAAAUAAACCCAGGAUAAUUCUCAAACUCUCCCGCUCCAUCUUGAGGCCUGACGCAGCAAAACAAGAGGUGAAACAAGAGAUGGACGAGCUGCCUAUCGGUACAAGAAGUGAUGAACACUGGUUGAACUCUGUGAAGCCAGAGAGCUACGACCCAGAGAUGGGUAACACCAGGGGACCUACAGAGAGCGACCCCAGGACAGAUGCACAUCACUUGGGUAUCAAGACGAAGGAUGCCCCCCUGUACCGCCAGGAUGAUGGGAGGCAGCUGCAGUCUACCGUUCAGCCAUUCAAUCCGGCUGCGUUGCGUUCUGACCUGGAAUGUUGGCCUCAUAACCAGAAGGUCCCCAGGUUCCCGUGUCCAGACUGCGGCCAGAAGUUCUUCUCCAAAAUUCAGUUUAAGUUUCAUUCCCGGAGCCACACACAGUACCGGCCGUACUCCUGUGAGGUGUGCCAUAAAACGUUCUCCCGGAAAGGCAGUCUAGACGAGCACCGACCAAUACACGAGUUGGAGCGCCCCUUCGCCUGCCUCCAAUGCGGCAGGACCUUCACAUUCAAAUCCAACCUGACCCGGCACAUGCGGUUCCACAGCGAUGCACGGCCCUACGUCUGCCCCCAGUGCGGCCAAAGCUUCAAGAUCUCCGACCACCUGAAGAGCCACAUGACGGCCCACAGUGGGAAUAAACCGUAUGUGUGCCCGGAGUGCGGCCAGAGUUUUGUCCGUUACAUUAGUCUGAAGUAUCAUCGGCUGAGCCACACCGGCGAGCGCCCGCUGUCCUGCCCAGAGUGUCCCAUGACCUUUGCCCGGCCGCACACCCUUAUGAUCCACCAGCGACAACACAGCAGGAAAACGCUAUUCUCUUGCCAGGACUGUGGGAAGCAGUUCAAACAGGGGUACCAAUUGAAAGACCACGUUACAAUGAAACACACAGGGGAGAAACCAUACAAAUGCUCCGAGUGUGACAAGUGCUUCAUCACUUCGGCAUCCCGUAAAGUGCACAUGGUUGUCCACACAGGAGAGAAGCCGUACAAAUGCACAGAGUGCUGUAGGAGAUACAGUCAGAGUGGGCAUCUAGCGCAGCACAUGAGGAGACACACAGGGGAGAAACCAUACAAAUGCUCCGAGUGCGACAAGUGCUUCAUCACUUCGGCAUCCCGUAAAGUGCACAUGGUUGUCCACACAGGAGAGAAGCCUUACAAAUGCACGGAGUGCUGUAGGAGCUACAGUCAGAGUGGGUCCCUGAAGAGGCACAGGUGUGAGCAGCAAACCAAGUGAGAGGAACCUCGGGGCUACGCCCCAAAUGGCACCCUAUUCUCUAAAUUGUGCACUAGGGCCCAUAGGAUUCUGGUCAAAAGUAGAGCACUGAAUAGGGUGCCAUUUGGCACACAGCCCCAGUGUUCUGAGUGUAGGAACUGGAGAGAACUGGAGAGUGGGUCCUUAAAGCAGUACAGCUGUAAGCAGCCACGUAGGUGAGAGGGUUCUCAAGUGUUUUGACUAGGGGAACUGGACUAUACAGACACUGAGCUGCGUUCCCUAUUCCCUAAAAUAGUGCACUACUUUAUGACCAAAUAAACCUACAGCUCUGAUCAAAAGUAGUGUCGUUUCCCCCUCUCCGUGUUACUGUUUCCCCCUCUCCGUGUUACUGUUUCCCCCUCUCCGUGUUACUGUUUCCCCCUCCCCGUGUUACUGUUUCCCCCUCCCCGUGUUACUGUUUCCCCCUCUCCGUUUAC